AUGGGACGAACACUCACCUACCCAAAAGGCCAAGCGAAUACCGUGAAUCGUUAUAAGCAUCGAGCAACCUAUGACUUGGGUGGAAUCCAUUCCAUCGUGAAUGCGUCGCAGGUGCUCCAUGUAUCUUUCAACCCUGGUCCUGAUGAUCCAUUCCCAACUAUCCUACCCAUGAUUGGACAGAUGGGAUCCUUCGACUACCCAUCGGCUGGGAUCGAUGAGCCUCAAGAAUGCUAUCUGCAUGGCUACGUCAGUUCGCGGAUCAUGAACCUUGCACGGAACUCUGAAGCAGACCAGGGUCUUCCUAUCUGCAUUGCGACAAGCAAGGUCGAUGGAAUCAUCCUAUCUCUUACACCGAACUCUCACAGUUACAAUUACCGAUCUGUGGUCCUGCAUGGAUACGCGAAGCUAGUCACUUCUGAGGAAGAGAAGCUUUGGGCCAUGAAGCUGAUCACAAACUCGGUGGUUGCAGAUCGAUGGGAUAACUCACGAGUCCCGCCCGACCGUGCAGAAAUGUCCUCGACGGUUAUUCUCAAGGUUACCAUCGUCGAUGGCAGCGGUAAGAUUCGUGACGGAGGAGUUUCAGAUGAGCGCAAAGAUACAGGGAAUGAGGAGGUCACUAAUCGCAUUUGGACUGGCGUGGUACCUGUGUGGGAGACGUUUGGCGAUCCUAUUCCGAGUGUCAACAAUAAGAUAAGCGAAGUACCAGAGCAUAUCACGAGCUUCAUUGCGAAGAAAAAUGAGGGAAACCGUGACUAUGCGCAGCGUGCUGUACACAUCACCUUGCCUGCCGAGGAGCAGCAUUGA